CUGAUCGGCACCUGUGAGAAUCACUGGCUGAGGGAAAAAGCCAGUAAAAAAUCGAGUUCACUGACACGAUCGAGGCUCCAUUAUUACAACAAAAUGACAAAACCGUCUUCAGUAGAAGUACGAAACACGAUGGAUGUGGAUAGGCAGCUCGACAAUUCCAGCAGUGCCAUCAGCGAACAUCAGAUGUCUGAGAGCCUACUCCACCUACUUACUUCAGACAGAUAUGUAGAUGAAAAAUGCGAGGCGGUUGUCCAUUCGUUAGCCGACUUGAAUAUGUUGACCGGAUCACACCGUGGCCCAGCAAUACCUUUAAGUUUGUUGGAAGAAAACCCUCGUGUCUGCAUCACCUGUGGCGUGGACUUUAAGUCUCGAGCCAGUCUCCAUGCUCAUUUAAUGAGACAUCGACACAUACUAGGAACCCUUGAACAAUUCACCCGACUUCCAAAAUACGAGUGCCGUAGCUGUGAAGGUGGAAUAAAUUGUUCUUCUAUGCUCAAACACAAAUGUUUCAGCAAACAGCAAGCAGAUAUCAAGAAUCGCAUUAAACAGCUCGAUAGGGAUGGCAGUCCAUUAGUAUGCAUUUUGUGCCGUGGUCGGUUACUACCUUCCAGAGUGCAUCUGAUUAUUCACAUCAUCGUUGCUCAUUCAGUACAUCGGGACCCCUACAGAUGUGUGUUUUGCCAGGCGAGGUUUAGUUCCGAAAACCUAAUGAUGCAGGAAGUGCAUGCAUUCGACUGUCAUGCACCAGAACUUUUCAUGAUUACACGUAAAGCCUGUUACAGAAUGAUUCGCAACUCGAAAGGUGGUGUGGCGGACGCGUCCGUUCCGUUCACGUGUUUCUACGAUGCGGCGAAGUUGGAAGGGGCAGACUUGAGCACUUUGUUUCGACCACGUAAUCGGGAGUUACAAUCCGAUACUGAAGGCCCGCAUGUAGAGAAGCCAAGUCAAGUGGGUCCAAAGCGUAGUAUAUGUACGGCUUCGUUUAAUAGCUUAGAUGAGUUUACCACGCACUUAUGUUGCUUUCAUGGAGCUGUUGCACCCGCAAAAUUGAAUUCCAUGGAAGAGGAAGAUCCUAUUGAAGAAGUUCGACGGAAUCAAGCAAGAACAACCCGUGUGCCCGGUCCGACGGUUCGAGAGUUGCUUAAAAAUCAAGUGGCUGGGGUUCAUGCAGCUAACAAGACCAGUGACGGUGAAUUUGGUCCGCCCGGUUUGCAGAAGCCCAGGAUGUCCGGCUUUCCCAGAAAACCCAAACGAAUAGUGCGAGCUGGACCGACGCUUCAUCCACGACGGUGGCCUGCUACGAGCAAUUAUGGUUCAACACAAACGGGGACUGCGAAACCUCGAGAAAUGUGUCGCAUAUGUCUAGAGUACUUUUCAGACCAGAUAAAACUUAGUCAACAUAUCACGACGUAUCAUUUGCCAGAGAGCCGAAAGCGGCUGAGGCACUUGGCUGAGAAACAGAAACUUUCUGGCGUAUUGAAUAUUGAUUUAUUGUGCACCGAAUGCUACAUAAUGUUUCCAGAUUCUCUAGCAUUGCAAAUUCACAUGAUGGUCUCCCACGCUAGCAAAGACUGGCGUCACUGUGGACUAUGCAAAUAUGAGUUUUAUUCUGACAACGGAGGAACACCGAACCAUUUGCGAUUGGUCACAUUCAGUUCGGACCACGAAGCUUUUACAAAACCCAAAAUACCCGGGAAUCCGCUAUUGAGUGAAGGUGGGAGCUCUAUCGACGCAUGGCCACUUCCAGCGGAAUUAAUGUGGCGUAUAAUCAUGACGCAUGAGACAAGACAUCGGGAACGUCUGUUCCAACCAAGACCCGUUCCUUAUUUACCUUUGGUAUUACUGGAUCAGCUGAUCAAUGGCAAGGCUAUUCAAGCAACCAUAGCAGCAAACUGGCUGGUAAGAAAAGCACAGGAAGAAAUGGAAGGUAUCCAUUCAACAGAUGAACCACUUUCCAACGUCCCAGAUUUGAUUACUACUGAAGAAGCCUUUUCUGAUAAUCCGAAUAAAGCUAAGCUACCAAGUACUGCUGAGACCGAGGUCGAGGAGGCUAAAACAGCGCUGAUCAGCGUGUUGCGUCAGAACGAUGAUGAAUUAGAGGACGAAACCUCGGACCGGGGUGGCCAGGUUUCUCGAGCAUCCAGUAUACGACUGUCCACAAUUGGCACGUUACCGGGAAGCAAGCUGCCAUUGUGGCUCAUUCGCAAGUUUACCGAGAUUGGAGAAACGAAUGCUGCUAAACAGGUGGAAUUAGACUUUGCUGAAAAUCUGUGACAUACAUACACUACAGUCCGGCUCGAAUCAAUCGAAUCACAGCUGUUAUGCACCGAACACUUUAGCAAAGCAUGACAUCACACUCCGUCUGCUCCGUCUAGACAUCGAAUGGACCAGACGAAACAAUACUUUACGGCUGUUAUAACAACAAAAAACUCCACCUAGCUGAAAGGAACUUCAAAAU